AUUUUAUUUAAUCAUAAAGAGAUCUUUAAAAUCCAAGUCAUAAUAAGGCUUAAUCAAUCUGUCAACCAGGAUGAAAAUGAAAUCUAUUGCUCUGUUUGGGUAAUAGUUGAUUUAAAUACUCUUUUAUGACUUCUUUUAUGAUUUUUCCCUGUGGCUUAUAUUUUCCGAUCUAUACCAUUAACGAUAGCUAUUUCAUUAAUUAUAUCAUAUAAUUCUAAGAUAAUUCUAUAAAUGCCUUAUUCAAAUUACUAAUGAAAACAAGGAAGAUAUUUGUAUUGUUUAUUGAAAAUAAAUUUAUUGAAAAUAUUUAAAAUGUUUUCCUGAGGUCAAUCGAGUUCGUGUGGUAAACAGAUGACCAGAUAAUGUACUUUUUUCUAUUUUUACAAAGAGUAUACAAGAUGAAUGAGAAAGUCGCUUUAUAAAUCAUAAAUAAUAAUCUAAAUGGAAAAUAAUUUCAAUUCUAAACUCAUUGAAGUGAUUCAUUGACAGAGCUUUAAUAGUAUUAUAAAAAAAUUUAGUAACUCUAGAUGGCAGCUUAAGUUAACAUUUGUAAGGUUUCGUUAUUUCAUACUUUCCUUACAAUCACAUCAGAUGCCACUAUUUAAAAUUUUAAUGACUUUUUUACAAAGUUAGAGACAUUAAAUGACAGAUAUUAAAUAUUAUAAGAGAAAGGUUAUGUAUUUUAUUUUCAUAACUUCCUGAUUGGGAUAAAAUAUAUUAUCAUUUAAAUUUGAAAUUGUUUCAACUGGCAAUACUUAAAAAGGCUAGAGGUAAAAGUUAUACUUUGUAAUUCUGUUCAUGUAGUGUAGAGAUAUUUGCCUUUCAUAAAUCUCUAGGAGCUGUACGGAAGUCAAUUUAUAAUGUACCUUACAAGAGACACGAAACAUCAAAAAAUUCCAAGCUAACUGCUAAUAAAACUUUAAUAGAUUUUACGUAUUGGUGUCAACUAUCGUAAAGAAAUGCGCAGACAUGAAACGUAAAUAAAAUGACAAUGAAGAUACACAGUCGAGUCGCUCAGACGGUUAGUCUCAGAGUUGUCCUUCUCGUAGAUUGUUGAAACAUUAAAACCUAUGUAAAUAAAAAUAAUAUUGGCUUGCGCACCUGUUUCCAAAAACGUUGAACGUACAAAUAAUAUAUUAAAGAAAUAUUAAUCAAUUAACUUCAUAAAAAUGGCCAAAAAUAUGGUGUAUUCUAAAUAAAGAAUGUAAUAGGCUAAUUUAUAAUGCACUCCUCCGCUUAGUUAAACAGAUCUUCCUGUCAAAACUCGACAUCACCUACCUUUAGAUCGUUUCUUAGCCAAUCACCGACGAAGAAAUUUUCGAUGAAAAGCCAAUUGGCUGCGAUAGUUUUCCUCAUUUACAUAUCAACAAAUACAUAUCGUCCGUUUCUAUUCAAGUGAAUACAAAACGUCAAUGGCAAAGUUUUCAUACACAAUCACUGUCGUUUUUAUCCACACUUAAGUGGCGAAAAUCAUGCCAAAGUCUUUUCUGAUUCGUAAGUUGAUCAGUGAUGAGGAUGUAGAAAAUCCAAAAAAGGAUUCAAGGAAGAUUGAAAGACUAGCUGAAGCAAAAAUUAUCAAAUUACAUGACGAUGAAAUUAUAGGUGUUGGUCGCGUAAAUGAACAACGAAUUCAAGCGGAGCCUGCAUUUUCGUCCCUGAUUUAUAGCUCUUCGACAGCUACUGUACGGAACAGACAACAGCUACCCUUUUCUCCUCCGAUACCUCCUACCGUUCCUCCUCCAGCUACUACAAUACACCCUCCUCCUCUUGUAGAAACUGUUAAUGGUGGCUAUGGGAUAAAAAAUCCCUUAUCAAAAUCCGUUUCUCUAACUGAAUUAGGUGAAAAGCUCGGUGACACGUACAUAUGUCGUGUAUGUAAAAAAACAUUUCAACUGCAACGUUUGUUAAAUCGCCAUCUAAAAUGCCAUUCUCACGUGAAGCGUUAUUUAUGCACUUUUUGUGGUAAAGGCUUUAAUGAUACUUUUGAUUUAAAAAGACAUACGCGGACUCACACCGGAGUUCGACCAUAUAAAUGCGAACUUUGCGAAAGAGCAUUUACGCAAAGGUGCUCCUUAGAAGCUCAUUUAAAGAAACUUCAUAAUGUAAAUUUCUCUUUCGUAUAUAAGCAACGUCGAGAUAAACUUUAUGUGUGUGAAGAAUGUGGUUUUACAAGCUGCGAAGCAGAGAAACACUUUGAACAUGUUUCUCGUCUUCACCCAUACUCCGCUAGCUUUCGCUCAAUGAGGUUGGAUCGGAAAACUUCUGGCGGAAGUUACUGUUAGAGAAUAUGAUUUGAUACAAUUUUUGAAUUCUUACAAUAAAUUUAACCUAAUAUACUAAAAAGAAGCUUUAUUCAGAAUGACG